AUGAAGAGUCAGCAAGAGCCACCACAACCACAACCACCGCCACCGCAUGCAGCUGCAAGCACCGCCGCCCACGGCCGCACACUUGAAAACCUGAAAUCGCUAGUGCUGAAAUGCGCCAUCGCUUCAUCUCCAUCUAAAUCGCUCUCCCUCGAACACACCACCUUGAUCGAGAAGCGUUUUCAAGAAUCAGUCCCCUCUAUCCACACUCCUGAUCACCCCACUUAUCAAUGGAUGAUUGAGAAUGCUAUAAAGAAGUUGAAAGAGGAUGGGGGGUGUUGUGAUGAGGGGGGAAUAUGUAGGUUUAUUUUGAAGGAACAAAAGGACUUGCCUUGGGCUCAUGAUACUUUCCUUAACCACCAUUUGGAUAGGCUUUCUACAAAUGGCACCAUUACUAAGAACUAUGAUGGUUGGUACUCCAUUGCCCCCCCUAAGCCCAGCCCCGGGCAGAGGAUUACUCGUACUACCAGCCUUCGCCCCGCUGCUAGUUCUAGUCCAACGUGUGCUUCUAGUGACACUUCCGACUCUAGCUGGAGUUCCGAACUCAAGAGGAGAGGAACGAACAAGUGUAAUCGUGGGAAAAGGAGGCAAUUGCAUAAGCAGAAUGCGAGGGGAAGUGUAACUCAUCCCAAGUUGAAACGGGGUGGAGAACGUGCUUGUGUUCCGGGACAUGGCAGGGGUAGGGGUCGGGGGAGUGAUUAUCCUUGCAAGGAGGGUGUGAUGGAAGAAGCGUGCAUUGGCCGAGUGGAAGGUGAUUUACGCUUGGAUGCUAUGCCAAUGGUCGAUAUAAUAUGUCUAUCGACAGAUGAUGAGGAGACAGAUCAAACGGAACAAGUCCCUCAUGCACAAGAAAGUCAAGAUCGUCUGAAUCUUGCUAUUCGGGAGGAUCAAAUCGUGCGAGUGGAAGGUGAUGCGUGUAUGGAUGGUACGCCAACCGUAGAAAUACUAUGUCUAUUGACAGAUGGUGAGGAAACUGAUCAAAGGAUUCAGCCACUGGAACAGAAUAUGGGGGAUGAGUGCUUUACUCGUGAAACUAUUCCUUCAUCACGCGGGAGCAAAAAAGUUAGGCAGCAGAGGAAAAACAUCCAGUCAGGGCAGACUCGGAGGGGAAGGGGAAGGCCUCGUAAAAUAGAAACGCAGGAUGUGAAUUGGGUGGGACAAGAAGACGAAGACAGUAUGGAUGCGCUCAUCGAUGAAGUACAAUAUCAGCUUACAACACCAACAGAAAUCGAUGGAGCUGAUGUAAAUCUUCAGAGACAAGGAGAUAUGAACCAAGAAGACAACGGGGAACCAAUAGAUCGUGCUGAAACAAGGCCAAGACGUACUAGAAACAAGUCCAUUAAUGUUGCGGAUGGAUCUAAACCAUCGAAUGCUAGGCCUGCUCGGAGGAGGAAGAAAGUGAGUGCUCUUGUGUGAAGCAUGUUACAGUAAGUUGCAACUAUGAAUUAGUACCUAGCUUCAUUGCACAUUUUGUUGGUGAUGACAAUGAAGAUGACUGAAGUUGAAGCCACUCAUACUUGGAUCACUUUUGGCUAUCUAGAGACUUGAGUAUGUUUAUAUGAUUAUUAUAUCCAUUUUGAUGUUAUAACAAAUUACCAAUGGAAUUCAUAUAGUAUUGUAAUGA